UCGUAGUUCAAAGGCCGGACCGAUCCGCCUCAAACACGCGUGUGCGCUUUCGGAUGAGUGUGUGUGUAGCGUGGGUACUUCUUCGAGUUUGUUUUAGUUUUGUUCCGUAUUUAUAUGAUCUAUCGCAUUGUCGCGUCUUGUUUUAAAGAUGUCCGCGGACGCGUCGAAGCGCGGCCACUUGAUCCUCCUGAUCUGUCGUCAUUUAAAGGAGAGCGGGUUGCUGGAUGCAGCUGAGGAGCUGAGGAAGCAUGCACCUCAGGUGGAAUCGGGCACCUCUGCGUCCUUGAUGGACAUUUAUACUUCAUGGUUGGAAAAGUCCAAUGGGUUGACCAAGAGGAGACGGAAAGCAGACCCAAAGAGCAGCAGUGAGACCUCGGACGACGAGGAUGGAGUGACCCUCGCUAAAGGUGGGAUCAAGCCUGCAAGAUGGGAAACAGGAGCUGGUGAUUAUGAUUAUGAGGAGGAGGAGGACAGUGAACUGUUCAGCCAGAGCCUACUUCCACAGACACCGAAAAAAUUAUCGAAUCAAACUCUGGUGAAGACUCGUGGGAGUGCAGUUAAAACUACAGUUCCCAGCAAGCCACAGAGUGGCAGCAGUGAUACGGAUUCAGAGAGCGACGAGGGAACUACAGGGAGAACAAAGCCCCCAGCGAGACCGACCACCCCGACCCAGGCUGUCAAACCCCCAGUGAAGGCAGCGGCUGGUCCUACCAAGUCCAAACCCCCGGCCUCGUCCAGCAGUGAGUCUAGUGAUGAAGAUGGAGCCGCUGAUCCACCGCAGGAGGCCUCCACCACCACCACCAGCCCGGCUGCUCCAGGCACACCGGCGCCCAAGACUAAAGCGCUCAGAGCUGCUUCUUCAGCCAAGAAGACCCCGCUGGCUGCCGCCACGCCCGCCAAGACCCCCGCUGCCAGGACCCCCGCUGCCAAGACCCCCGCCGCCAAGACCCCCGCCGCCAGGACCCCCACCGCCAAGACCCCCGCUGCCUGGACCCCCGCUGCCAGGACCCCCGCUGCCAGGACCCCCGCUGGAGGCCCCAGGAAGGCAGACAGCGACAGCAGCGAGUCGUCUUCAGACAGCGACGAGGGAUCGCUGCCUGGGAACCAACAGGCAGCCACGCCGACAGCCAAUAGGAAGGCUUCUCCUGCUGCCGCCAGACCGGCCCAGGCCGCCAAGAGCUCUAGUGAGACGGAUUCCUCGGGGACUGACGAUGAGGCCCCUCCCACCACACCUAAGACGCCCCUCAGAGCGGCCUCUACACCCUCCAAGGCCCCCCCUCCUGCGGCCCCGGGCCCCACUGGGGCCACGCCCUCUGCUGGGUCCACCACUGAGUCCAGUGAGGAAAGUGAUGAUGGGGACGCCCCCAAAAAACCUCCCGCCACCACGACCGCCCCGGCCGCUCGGGUCACUGCUGCACCCAAGACCAAAGCGGUCGGAGCCGCUCCUUCAGCCAAGAAGACCCCGGAGGCCGCCGCCACCAGAGCAGCCCAGGCCGCAGAGAGCUCCAGUGAGACCGAGUCCUCGGACAGCGAGGAUGAGGCCCCUCCCACCACCCCUGUGAAGACGCCCCUUAGAGCGGCCUCCACACCCUCCCAGACCGCCGCCCCUGGGGGGCCGGGGUCAGUGUCUGCGGCUGUCCCCAGGAGGCCGGACAGCGUCAGCAGCGACACGACUUCAGAGAGCGACCAGGAGACCCCAGCGCCGAAGCCAGCAGUCAAGGCGUCGGCCGCCGGCACCCCAAAGCCUGUGAAGACAGCACCUACAGACUCCUGGACACUCGCCCAGACCGCCACGCCUGCAGCCCCCGGCCCCCCCGCUGAACGCCCGGCCGCUUCCAGCCCUGAGUCCAGUGAGGACAGCGGCGACGGAGUCGGCAGACAGACGCAGAUCUUGGAUUACUUCAAGGCCGCCAAAGAAACGCCCGCCACGCCGUCCACCCCGCUGGCCGCCGCCGCCAGACCGGCCCAGGCCGCCGAGAGCUCUAGUGAGACGGAGUCCUCGGGGACUGACGAUGAGGCCCCUCCCACCACACCUAAGACGCCCCUCAGAGCGGCCUCUACACCCUCCAAGGCCCCCCCUCCUGCGGCCCCGGGCCCCACUGGGGCCACGCCCUCUGCUGGGUCCACCACUGAGUCCAGUGAGGAAAGUGAUGAUGGGGAGGCCCCCAAAAAACCUCCCGCCACCACGACCGCCCCGGCCGCUCGGGUCACUGCUGCACCCAAGACCAAAGCGGGCGGAGCCGCUCCUUCAGCCAAGAAGACCCCGGAGGCUGCCGCCACGCCCGCCAAGACCCCCGCUGCCAGGACCCCCGCUGGAGGCCCCAGGAAGGCAGACAGCGACAGCAGCGAGUCGUCUUCAGACAGCGACGAGGGAUUGCUGCCUGGGAACCAACAGGCGGCCACGCCGUCAGCCAAUAGGAAGGCUUCUCCUGCUGCCGCCACACCACUAGGAAAGGCUCACACACCAGCCAAGACCGCCCCCCCUGCAGCCACUGGCCCCGCCCCUCUGGGCCCCCACCCCUCUGCAGCGCCCGGCCCUGGGUCCAGCGAGGGAGGGGGGGGCGUCCCCAUGACAACCAUCCGGGACUUCUUCGGCCGGACCACUCCCGCUAAGACUCAAGCGGGGGGGAACAGUGGGGGGGGCUGUUAUACGGUUCAGGCUCCACACCCCUGCGCUGAGCCCCCGCCCGCCCGGCCCGAGGCCUCGGAUAGCUCCAGCGACGAGAGCGGCAGCGACGAUGCCGUGGUCCUCCGCACACCGGAGGCCAUCGGCGCAGGAGGAGCGGCCGCAGAGUCCAGCGAUACGGUGUCCGACAGCGAGGAGGACCACGCCCAGGCGCUAGAAGCCAUGCUGAAGUUCCUCGAGUCGAAAAGGAAAUCCACCCCCAGAGCAGGCCCGCGGACCCCCAAGACCCCCGCCGCAGCGGCGCCCACUUCCAAGCCCCCAUCCAAAGCAAAGCCUAAACCCAACCCUAAACCCUCCGCAACUUCAAGCUCCGCACCGAAGGCCAAGGCCGCCCCGAAGCCCAAGCGGCCCAAGAAAGACGGAGCUCUGAGCUCCAACUCGGAGGCUGGGAAGAAGGUAAAGAGGUCCAGAGCGAUUCCUGGCUCCACAGCUGCCUCUCCUGGCUCUAAGCCCAAAGCUAGCCUCCAAAGUACUGUCCUACAAGCCCCAGGCCCAGUGCCAGACACGGCGAAGACCAUAAAAGUUAAAGCCACCCCCGUAAAAGACAAAGCCACCACCAUGAAAAGCAAAGCUCCACCUGUGAUAGGCAAAGCCACACCUGUGAAAAAGACACUGGUGCUGAAGAAGACACCGACGCCAAAAAAGACACAGCCAACAGAGAAGAGGAAACUGGGUGUUCCUCAGCCCAUGGAGCCAGAGGACGUUCUGUCCAGCGCCCCGCCGAUUCCUGCUUGGAACAACAGUUCUGACUCUGAAGGCAGUCUCGACGUGGAGAAGUGGAAGCGGCUGGUUUUGAAUCUGUCAGUGGAAGACGAAGCCAAGAUGCAGACCAUGGCCGCUUUGGACGCAACCCCGGCCAAGAAGCCGCGCGUCCGGAAGCCCCGGGCCAAGGCCGGGGCCGGGGCUAACCCUAACCCUAACCCUAAGGCCGGGGCCGGGGCUAACCCUAACCCCAAGGCCGGGGCUAACCCUAACCCUAACCCUAACCCCAAGGCCGGGGCCGGCCCUGCUGCGGCUGACCCCACCGGCCAGGCGGUGAAGACGAAAGCCCCGCCGCGGAAGCCGCGCGCGCCUCGGGCUAAAAACGCGUUCCCCGCGGCCCAACAGACCUUCCUCUCUUUCGUACCCGUUGCCACGCCCGCCGGGGCGAAGAGGAAGGGAGCAGACACCGCGAUGGACGGCGUCCAGGCGGAGGAACCGAAGAGGAGGAGGAAGGGCGACUCUGGGGACGGGAAGGAGGAACCGAGGAGGAGGAAGAAGAAGAGCGACUCUGGGGACGGGAAGGAAGAACCGAAGAGGAGGAAGAAGAAGAAGAAGAGCGACUCUGGGGACGGGAAGGAGGAACCCGAGAGGAGGAAGAAGAAGAAGAGCGACUCUGGGGACGGGAAGGAGGAACCCGAGAGGAGGAAGAAGAAGAAGAGCGACUCUGGGGACGGGAAGGAGGAACCCGAGAGGAGGAAGAAGAAGAAGAAGAGCGACUCUGGGGACGGGAAGGCGGCGGGGAAAGCGAGCAAGGCGGCCGAUCAGAAGGCAGACGGGACCGAGGGCGGGACACCUGCUGUGAAGAGCAAGAAGGACUCUGCUGGAGGCCUGAAGACGAGUCAGGAGGGCAAGAGGAAAAAUAAGCAGGUGGCUGAGGUGCGCAUCGCAGCAGAGCUCCAAGGGCUGCUCGACGCCAUAGCAACAGAACCCCCCGUUCUGUCCGAGCCCAAACCCAAGAGCAAAAAGAAAAAGGCCAAAGAUAAAGCAGCCAUCUUCGUUUAGGACCUGAAGCGAACGAAGUGCCUCCCACCUCCUACAAAGUUUAAAAGAAAACAAGCCAUGAAGUACAUGAAGACUUUUUUUUAUGGACGGGUCAAGACAUCUGGAAAUCAUGGGCAGCGUGAAAUACUGUAACAAGAAUACAUUGUAUUUUUCUACUCUUUUUAUUACCUUUUUUAUGUUUCAGUUUUUUGUGUUUUUGUACGUAUGAACCUUACAUGUGCCUGGCUAAGUUUUAUAUUAUAAUGUGGAUUGUGAUUAAACCUUCAUUGUAUGUUUUGUAGGUGUGUAUGCGCCACAAGAUGAGUUAUAAACAUGUUGUUGAUGUGAUGCCCCUACAUAGAAACCCUCAUCAAGUGGUCGAGAUGAUCAAUAGUUGGUGAUUGGGUAGAAAAAAAAUCAUAUAUGCCAUGUUAUGUUUCAUCUGUAAAAAGAUAACAUUUAUCAGGGCCAAUGCUGGCCCGGCGCGCUCUGUGUACUCUGCGUAUAGGGAGCGGCGGGCCUGCCAUUUAUCCAUAAUCCUAAUUCACUCCAAAACAUAAUGUACUGCAUUGUAGUCUGGAUGCUUGGAAUGCAUGUUUUAAUACAUUCGUUUUAAUAUUAAAGAUUAGCAGUUAAUAAUUUUACCCAUAUGUCUAUGUAUUGAAAAUAAAAUAUACAUUUUAUUUUAA